UUCAAGACCACAGAUUAGUAGAUGAAUUAAUUUUUAAAUUUUCGACCGAUAAACAAUUGAAAUGGAUCGAAUUUAAGUCUAGCCUUGAGAAAAAGAACAAAAUACCAACACUUGAACAUUUUAGUGAAUGGCUUUAUCCGAUAGCAGAAAAUAUCAGAAAAUUGCCGAAAAGGAAUGAAAGAUUUCGACAACCUGUAAACUUUCAUCGUCCUCAAUUUUCGCCAAAUCAACAACGUCCAGCGGAAAUAAACAACAAUCGUCCGAUGAAUCGUCCACCACAACCUCAUAAUUCUCACCCGAUGAACACACAAACCAGACCAUUCAAUACACGUGUGCGGAACGUUCAACGAUUUUUCCAGCCAUGUCCAUGUUGUCAGGGUUCUCACGCACUAUAUCGAUGUGAACGUUUUAAGAAUAUUCCGGUACAUGAAAGACUAGAAAUAGUGGUAAACAGCCAGCAGUGUCAAGCAUGUUUGACAUCGAAUAAUCAUAGCCAGAACAAUUGCAAUGCGGCUAGAGAAUGCGGUAUUCAAGGAUGCAGAGAAACCCAUCAUCAGUUACUGCACACUGGCGACACAGUGCGGAUGAAUUAUCAUCAAACAAUCCAAAAUGUCUACUACCAGAUUGUUCCAGUGGUUUUGCGAAACAAUAAUCACACGUUAGAAACGUACGCAUUUUUAGAUGCCGGGUCAUCUUUAACACUCAUCGAAGAGAAUACGGCAAAUAAAUUGCACUUAAACGGUGUAACCGAUCCAUUAACCCUAACAUGGACACAAAACCUAUCGGUGCAGGAAAACUGUAGCAGAAGAGUGAGCUGCAUGAUCAAAGGAAUGAACGAGAAAAAAGAACAUUUACUUAAUGGUAUACGGACUGUGAAAAAUCUACAACUGCCAAGUCAAACGUUAUCUGGCAGCAUAUUAGCAGCACGUUAUCCGCAUCUUAAAGGCAUCAAAUUAUCCGACUACCAGAAAGCUCGUCCAACUGUGCUGAUUGGAUUAAACCACAGUCAUCUUUUAAUGCCGGUUGGUCGAAAGAUGGGACGACCGGAAGAGCCAAUGGCGAUUAAAACCAAACUUGGAUGGUUGAUUUUUGGCAUCGACAAAAUAUGUCUAUCAGAAACAAAUCACUUAAUGAUUCACAAGAGCGAGGAUUUGAUGACUGAAAUGAUGCGACGAUAUUUUUCCACCGAAGAGUUUGGCGUUAAACCGGUGAAAACAGUAAAAUCUCAAGCAUUAGAGAGAGCGGAGACCAUCAUCGAGAAAACACUGAAGAAAACGGAUGGUAGAUACGAAGUAGGCUUGCUAUGGAGAGAUGAUAACGUCAUAUUGCCGAACAGCUAUAGCAACGCGCUCCGUCGCCUAGCAACGCAAGAGAAACAGCUAGCAAAGGACCCUGGUUUGAAAAAUUGGCUGUGCAAAACAUUUGAAGAGUACCAGCAGAAAGGAUACAUACGCAAGCUUACGAAAGAAGAGUUGAAACGGCAUUCACAAAAAAUAUUUUACAUUCCUCACUUUGUGGUAGUGAACAAAAAUAAGCCGAUACCAAAGCCGAGACGAGAUGGCAUCUUUAUUUGGAGUGCUCCUUCGAUUCCGUGAAGGACCCAUCUGUGUGUGUGGUGACAUCAAGGAGAUGUUUCACCAAGUGAAAAUUCGGAAGGAAGAUCAAGAUGCGCAGCGAAUUUUAUGGCGUGACGGCGAUAGUACCAGAACACCAGAUACUUACGUCAUGCAGGUUAUGACGUUCGGAGCAACUUGCUCACCGGCAUGUGCGCAGGUAGUGAAAAAUCGCAAUGCGGAAGAAAAUAGUGAAAUGUACCCGUUAGCACUUGAACCAAUUCGAAACCAGCAUUACGUGGAUGAUUACCUCGAUAGUUUCUUUUCUAUGGAAAAGGCGAUCAAAACGGUGACUGAGGUGAUUCAGGUUCACGAAAAUGGUGGAUUCCAUAUAAGAAAUUUCAUCUCGAAUAAGCGAGAGCUAAUGGAAGCUAUUCCUCAAGAACGACAUCAGGUGAAGGCUAUCGUCGAUAUAAAGGAAAAAGACUCGUGUGUCGAGAAGAUCCUGGGAGUCCAGUGGAACACACAAUUGGAUUGCUUCGGGUACAAGGUAGAUCUUGGACGAAUAAAUCUGGAAAAGAAGCCAACCAAAAGAGAAGCUUUGAGCUUCGUAAUGAGUGCAUAUGAUCCACUUGGCCUCAUUAGUCACAUAACCAUCCAGGGACGUAUUCUAAUGCAAUCUAUCAACGCUGCAACAAAUGAUUGGGAUACGCAGAUUCCUGAUAGUUUGCAUGGAAAAUGGAUCGAAUGGCUCAAAAUGAUCACCAGCGUUAAAGAUUUAGCCAUCCCAAGACCAAUUGUUGCUUCAAUUAUGAAUCCAGUUGAAAUCCACACAUUUGUAGACGCUUCACAGGAAGCAUUUGCUGCAGCCGUAUAUGCAAGAAGCAAUUUCAAUGGGUGCUUUGUCGUACGACUAGUUGCAGCAAAGUCUAGAGUGGCUCCAACGAAGGCUUUGUCAAUACCAAGACUAGAGCUACAAGCAGCAGUUUUAGGAGCCAGAUUGACUGCUAGCGUAAUUAAGGAGCUUAGAUUAACGAUUAGUCGUACAAUAUUAUGGAGUGAUUCGAAAAUUGUUCUUGCGUGGAUUAACAGCGAACAUAGAAAGUAUGAAGUUUUCGUAUCGCAUCGUGUAAGUGAAAUAUUGGACACAACCAGUGCCAACCAAUGGAGAUGGGUAUCCACAAAGGAUAAUCCAGCCGAUAUUGCCACGAAAAUCACCAGUAAUUCGUGGACAUGGUACAAUGGCCCACAGUUUUUACAAGAGCAUGAACGCGACUGGCCUGGAGUACAUGAAGUAGGUGAAGAACAGCACAUCGUUACCGUUCACAAAGAAACAAUUGCUCCAGAAUACUAUUUUUCAUCGUGGGACAAAUUGCUGAAGCACCAAACAGUUAUGAAAAAAUACGUCGAUUUCUUGAAGAACCGGAGCAAUUUUUCUCGAACCAUAUCGUACAGGGACAUGGAAACGGCUAAACUCUCAUUACUGCGAAAAGCUCAGUGGGAAGGUUUUCCUGAAGAGAUGGAAGCUCUCGAAAAAAGAAAGGAGAUUUCGAACAAAAGCAGUAUUCGAACACUAGUACCGUUUCUAGAUGAAAAAGGAAUAUUAAGAUCAAGAGGCCGUCUAGAAAAUGCAUCAUGCUUGCCAUACAGCGCGCGUUUACCAAUCAUUUUACCACAAAAGUCACGUGUUGUGAAACUUCUCGUUCGAGACUACCACGAGAAGUAUAUGCACCAGGCAGAUAAUGUUAUAAUCGGAGUUUUAAGACAAAACUAUUGGAUUAUCAAUCUACGAACAGUCUUAAAAAAUGUGAAAAGUUGCUGCCAAAGAUGUAUUUUGAACACCGCUGCUCCUAAAGCACCUCUCAUGGCACCGCUACCAACAUUUAGAACGCAUCCAUACAAUCCUCCAUUUCUACAUACAGGAGUAGAUUACUUUGGUCCUCUAGAUGUGACCGUUAAGCGCUCUACUGAGAAACGGUGGGGAGCGAUAUUUACCUGUAUGAGCACAAGAGCUGUACACCUGGAAUUAGCAGAGAAACUGGACACCGAUAGUUUCAUGGUGUGUUUGAAUAACUUCCUUCAUCGCCGCGGAAAGAUAACACAUCUGUACAGUGACAACGGAACAAAUUUUGUUGGCGCAGAAAAAGAAUUGAAGAAAAUUGUCGAAGAUAUCGAUCUAAGAAUGGGACGUGAGGCUGCACUAAAAUAUAAAAUAGAAUGGAAGUUCAACCCGCCUGCAGCACCGCACUUCGGAGGUUCCUGGGAACGUCUGAUUCAAAACAUAAAGAAAGCAUUGCGACAUAUGGUUACUGAAUGGAAGACGCGGCACCCAACACCAGAAACAUUAAGAGCAGAUCGAAUCCAUUUUAAAUUCGCGACCUUUAACACAUUUGCCGCUAACGUCAGAAGAAGAAGAGGUUCUUACACCAUUCCAUUUCUUAAUUGGUAGAGGAGAUUCCUUACCAGCACCUACUGAAACAUCGCAAGUGGAUCGGCAACAAUUUAGAUUGGCACAGCACAAUGCUAAAACAUUCUGGGAUCGAUGGAAAAAGGAAUACCUGCCUACUUUGAUUAAACGAAGUAAGUGGACGUGCAAGGUAGAACCCAUCAAGGUUAAUGAUAUAGUGAUCAUCACGAAUGAUAACGCUCCACCUGGACAAUGGCUUAAAGGAAGGGUAGUAGAGACUGCAACAGCACCAGAUGGACAAGUUAGAUCAGUGUCGGUCAAAACAGUCCAAGGUGUAAUAAAACGACCAGCAGUGAAAGUUGCAGUCAUAGACGUGAAGCAGAAGGAGCAUUUGCUGGUUGUGAAGAAGCCACCGCCAUCACCAACAAAAAGAAAAGUGCUAUCUGAAGUAAAUUUGCAGAAAGUCCCGCCAAAGAAACGCAUGAUAGCUCCAUGCAAUUGGGCUCCGAAACUUGUACAACAGUUGAAAAAAGAAGAUGAUGUAUGAAUCGCGGCCAAUAUAGCAUAAUCCAUUGGGAUGAAUUAUGGUGGGGAGAAUGUUACGCACGCGAUUCUAAAUUUCUUUUUUUUACCAAUCUGAUCAUAGUAACCAUUAUUUAUCCUUCCAUGUGAAAAUAAGAUGUUUCUGGAAACACGAAUUAUCCCGUCCGAACGGAUAUUCGGGUAAACUUGUGAGGAUAAAUUUAGUAUAAAAGUAGGCCAUAUUUUAAAUAAAGCAGGAUUCAAACGCAGAAGCUCUUGGAGUAAAGACGUUUAAUUCUAAAUAUCCGAAAUAGGACAGAGCCCCUGGAUUUCCGAGCCAAACACCCCCUUCCGUCUGCAUAGGCUUCCCAACCUUGGAUCAGAAGCAACUAGCGGGAAGGACUGGUUAGUAGGCGAAGUAUCAAAUACUCUGUCCACUCUGCUGCUGUUUGUUUCUCCUCCGUUACAACCCUGCAACUCUUGCUGAGGGCCAAACCUUCGCGUGGCCUGCCGGAGAAGCUCGGUUCG